GUGGCUACCAGAGGAGAAGGACCUGGCAAAGUCAGACUGCUGGGUUUCCAGCCUCCAUAAAACAGGUGUGGAGAGCACGUCGGUAGCUGCCCACCAUGACCUCCGGGGCCCUCCUGCUCCUUGCCUCCGUGCUCCUGGGCACCCCAGGUCUGGCCUUUUCUAGUCUGACCCCUGAGAGCUAUGACCUGGCGACAGCCGACUUGUACAGCAGAGAGCAGUCCAGCCAGGGCCUGACCCAGGAGGAGCCCCAGGGUGACCUGCUGAUCACAAAAAAGCGUAUCCACUGUAAGGCCUGCCAGAAGAUAAUCCAGAAGCUGGAGGAAAUGGUGGGAAAGUCGCCUAACAAGGACGACAUUUCCCAGGCUGCAUCCCGGGUGUGCAACAAGAUGUGGUUCCUGAGAGGCCUUUGUAAGAAGAUCAUGAAGACAGUUUUUCGUCGUGUCUCCCAGGACAUCAUGGCGGGCAAAACACCCCAUGAAAUCUGUGUGGAUAUCAUGAUGUGCAAACCUCAAGCAGGUUUCGUCUGAGCCUCUGAGGCCCCUGAGCCCACCGUGAGGGGAGAAAGCACAAGAACUUCAGCACUCGAGGCCAGCUCCUCCCUCCCUAAAUCCAGAGUCCGCCUCCAGUUUCUCUCACCUCCCUCCUCCACUGCCUUCCCCUCUCAGGAGUAAAAAAAUGUC